AUAGCAUGCCUUACUUUAGCGCACUCGGGUGUCUACUGUUCUAUAGCAAUGAGCUACAAUGCUAAAAUGUGAAGGAGAGCUUUAGCUCACGCAUCGUUUACACUUUAACUAAUUGGAUUAUGGAGUUUAUUAACAUUCACUUUAACGUUUUUGUCUAAAGUGACGCGAAGGGUCUCGUUCACCACCUCGAGGGCGCUGAAAUAGAAGGUUUUGGCCGUUCAAAGCAUGGAGUUGGCGUAUGUAUGCGACUGGGAGAGGCGUCCCAAAAACACCCACUGCCCCUCCAUCCCUCUGGUCUGCUCGUGGUCCUGCAGGAACCUCGUGGCCUUCACCACAGACUUGAAGAACGACGAUGGCGGCGACCCAGGUGUCAGUCACGUGAUCCACAUCAUGGACACGGAGCAUCCCUGGGAUGUCUACUCCAUCAGGUCGGGUCAUGCUGAGGUCAUUUCCUGUCUGGAGUGGGACCAAUCAGGAUCAAGGUUGCUGUCAGCAGACGGCGACGGGCACAUCAAGUGCUGGUCCAUGUCUGAGCACUUGGUCAACAGUUGGGACAGUGUUCUGAGCAGUUCUCUGGAGGGGGAUCCCAUCGUGGCGCUGAGUUGGCUGCACAAUGGCGUCAAACUGGCUCUGCACGUGGAGAUGUCCGGGUCCACAAAUUUCGGCGAGAAGUUCUCCCGCGUCAAGUUCUCUCCAUCUCUUACUCUCUUUGGCGGGAAGCCGAUGGAGGGCUGGCUGGCGGUGACUGUGAGCGGUCUAGUGACUGUGUCGCUGCUCAAGCCCGGCGGUGCUCUGCUCACAGCCAGCGAGAGUCUGUGCCGCUUGCGAGGACGCGUGGCACUGGCCGACAUUGCCUUCACGGGAGGCGGCAACAUCGUGGUGGCCGCCACCGACGGCAGCAGUUCUUCGCCCGUCCAGUUCUACAAGGUGGUGGUGAGCGUGGUGAGCGAAAAGUGCCGCAUCGAUACGGAACUUCUGCCGUCCUUGUUCCUGCGCUGCACCACAGACCCGAUGCGGCGGGACAAGUACCCCGCCGUCACGCACCUCAAGUUCCUGACCAGAGAGAACUCUGAGCAGGUUCUGCUAUGCGCGUCCCAUCAGAGCGGCAGUAUCGUGGAGUGUUGGUCGCUGAGGAAGGAGGGGCUUCCCGUCAACAACAUCUUCCAGCAUCGAUCUCCCGUCGUGGGCGAGAAGCAACCCACCAUCUUGAAGUGGAGGAUCCUGACCACCACCAAUGACCUCGAGAGGGUGUCUGCCAUCGCUCUCCCCAAACUGCCCAUUUCCAUCUCAAACACUGACCUGAAGGUAGCGUCUGACACCAAGUUCUGUCCCGGACUGGGUCUGGCUCUGGCGUUCCACGACGGCACUAUCCAGAUCCUCCACCGCCUGUCUUUGCACACCAUGGGCAUCUUCUACGGGUCCACCUCCGCCUCCUCCGCCGGUCCAGGCCAGCGGCCGGGGGAAGAGUCAGCCAUCAAGCGGCAAAGAACCGGGGCGCCCGGCCUCCAUUUCAAGGCCCUGCAGUUCUCCUGGACCUCGCUGGCCCUGGCUGGAGUCGACAAUCAUGGCAAGUUGCAUAUGCUGCGAGUGUCCCCCUCCAUGGGUCAAGUGCUGGAGAUGAACACGACGCUGCGGCACCUGCUGUUCUUGCUCGAGUAUUGCAUGGUGACUGGCUACGAUUGGUGGGACGUGCUCCUGCACGUGCAGCCCGGCAUGGUCCACAACCUGGUGGACCGGCUGCACGAGGAGUACAUGAGGCAAAACCAGGCCCUGCAGCAGGUCCUGGCCACGCGGAUCGUGGCGGUCAAGGCGUCGCUGUGCAAACUGUCGACGGCGACGGCGGCACGAGCCUGCGACUUCCACGCCAAACUGCUCCUCAUCGCCAUCAGCUCUACCCUCAAGUCUUUGCUCAGACCCCACGUCCUCAACACCCCAGACAAAAGCCCAGGAGACCGCCUGAGCGAGAUCUGCGCCAAGAACUUGGACUUGGACAUUGACAAGGUGAUGAUCAACCUGAAGACGGAGGAGUUUGUGUUGGACGGGCCCCCCCUGCAGUCUCUGCAGCAGCUCAUCCAGUGGGUGGGCGACUUCGUCCUCUAUCUGCUCGCCAACCUCCCCAACCAGGGUUCCGUGGUGCGGCCCGGCUUCGGUUUCAUGCGGGACGCGGCGUCUCUGGGAUUGCUGCGGGAGAUGCUGGUGAUGAUCCGGAUCUGGGGUCUGCUGAAGCCCGGGUGCCUUCCCACCUUCACGGCCACGUCGGACAGCCAGGACAGUUUGCAGCUGCUCUUCCGCCUGCUCACCAAACUGUGGCUUUGCUGCAGGGACGACGCCCCACCCCAGGACCCUGAUGAGAGCCUGAUCGACGAAUGCUGCCUGCUCCCCAGUCAGCUGUUGGUGCCCGGCAUGGAUUGGCUCCCCGUCAACGACGGCGUCAUCGUCAAGCUGCAGGGCAAACAGCCAAUCAGGUUGUACUUUGGGAAAGCGGCAGUGCUCCCCACCCUGGAUGGCGCUGGCAGGAACGCCGGCUGUCAGAGGACAGACAACCUGCGAUGUGUCCACAUGGGCGUUUGUCCCACGGAAGACAGCAAGGCCUGCACCAGGUGCGGCUGCGUGACGAUGUUGCGAUCGCCCAACAAAAGCAACGCCAUGAAGCAGUGGGAGCAGCGAUGGAUUAAAAAUUGUUUGUGUGGAGGUUUGUGGCGUCGCAUUCCGCCCACACUCGCCUCAACGUCUUCUUGACAGGACUCUGGCGACAGAGCCAGGACGAGUCGUGAGUCUGUUGCCUAAAGGAUUUGUUUUUGCGAUGGAUGUACAUGAUUCAGGUUCAGCUAGCGAACUCCCAGAGAUGUGUUGAAGAUCUUAAACGGGUCACCAAAAUGUGUUGCACCCGUCGUACGCUCCACGUCUGUCAAUCCUCAACAUGUGCGCAACAUACACAGGGGUCAAAUUUCUUUCUCAAGGGCCUCAGUUUCAAACGAGCUGACCAAUGACGGGACUUUGAUUUCCCAGGAAUGUUGUUGAGGUGAUGAUUUUAAAUUGUAAUCUUAUUAUAGAUGUGCUUUGUUUUGAUAUUUGUUCCCUGACGAAUGAAAUCAGUCGCGAUCGUGAACACAAUCAGUGUCCUCAUUGUUUUAAUAAAACCACAUUCAUUCAA